GUGAGUGCAAAGAAAGGAAAAAGGGAGGGACUGGGGGAAAAGAAUAGAGGGAGAAGAGUUUUCAUAUUCGUGGGAGACGCCGUGUCAGUUAAUGGACUGGGAGUCUCAGAACUUGUUCCUUCACUAAAAGAAGCGUUUGAAAUCCGCUCUUCACACUUGCUGUGCUUUCUGAGGAAGAUACAGGGGUGUCAUCAAUGGUAGAUUCACAGAUGGCUGCACUGCGCAAAGAUGGGAGCAGACAUGACAAUGGAUUUAUAUUGAUAGCUUGUGAUCAAUAAGGACAAUAUCAGAGGGGUGACAUUUAAGGGACAUAAAGCCAGACUUGUGAGAGUGCAGAUAUGACUACAUAUUAACUUCAUGGCAUCUCCACAGUCUCUUAACCCUCCUGAAAAAGAGUCCAUGGUCACUUCUGUGACUCCAAAGGCCCAGGAGGAGGAGGAAGAGGAUGAUGAAGAUGAGGAAACUGGUGAGAAGUUUGAGUUUGAUGACAGCGAAGAUGAGCAGAAUACAGCGGAGAAAUCUGUUGAGAAUAAAGAGUCAGGAACUCCUCCCGUGGAAGCUGAGCAUUCAGAAAAUACUGAUGCACUUUAUUGUCAAGCUAUGAAGCGUAAUCAUCAGGCAGUAAACGGAGGGACCCCUGCUGGUCUGGAGGACCAAAAUAUCCUCGCACACCCUCACACAACAAACUCAGAGAUGGUGGCCAGACAGUCUCCCGACGGGAGUUCUGUCUCAGCCGAGCCUCGAGUAGCCGAUGAACAAGCAAGCUUUUGGAAAAGAAAUAACAUUUAUGAAGAUUCACAUAUUGGGCCGGAGUGCCUCUAUAAAGCUAUCCAGAAGUCUCCCCGCAAACAUGCUCAGACAGGUCUCACUUCUGAAGGGAAAGCCUUCCCUAAAUCAGAUGAAAAUUCACCCUCUGAACAAGUGAAGCAGAACUCGGCUCCUCCUGCUCGCUCAGAGGUCAUCUACGAUGAUGUGCCUUGUGAGAACAUCAUGCAACCAGAUGCAGGUCAGUGUCUGACUGUAGGCGUCAUCUGUCCAGAGGAUGAUGUGAUCUACGAGGAGGUGCAGAGGUCUGGCGAGUCCGGACUGAUAGACAACGGCUGGGGCUCCAGUGAGUUCGAGAGUUACGAUGAGCAGUCAGACAGCGAGACCAAGCAGCCCACCCGCAAUAAGAUUUCCCCAGAUGUACGACGUCUGAAGCAACGCUGCGUCCAGACCAGGCGUGAGCUAGCCAUGCGGUUAGGGGCUCGAGAUGUCAGCCAACUCAAACAAAACUAUGACAUUAAGGUUCAGCAGCUCAUGAAAGCAGCUAGGAACGGCACGAAAGAUGGACUGGAAAAGACCAAAAUAGCCAUGAUGCGAAAAGUGUCCUUCCUGAGUAAAAAAGACUGCACAGAUGACACGGAGGAAGAUUCUGGAUAUCUGGAUGUGACCGUAUCUGAUCUCAAACAUCCACCACCUCAACUUUCUCCAAUGCCAGAAGGGCUCAGUAGCCAACAGGUUGUCAGACGUCAUAUUCUUGGCUCUAUCAUCCAAAGUGAAAGAAGCUACUUGGACUCGCUCAAGAGGAUCCUGCUGGAAUAUAAGAAGCCUUUGAUGGAGGCGGAGCCCCGGAUCCUGAGCUUGAAGAAGAUCCAGCCUAUUUUUUAUAGGCUGAAGGAGAUCCUGCAGUGUCACUCCAUGUUUCAGAUUGCUCUGGCCUCCCGUGUAGCAGAAUGGGAUAAUACUGAGAAAAUCGGAGAUCUUUUUGUUGCUUCAUUUUCCAAGUCAAUGGUGCUAGAUGUGUACAGCGACUAUGUCAACAACUUCACCAAUGCUAUGGCUCUUAUCAAGAAAGCUUGUAUGUCCAAGCCAGCAUUCCUGGAGUUUCUCAAGAAGAAGCAAGCUGCUAGCACAGACAGAAUCACUCUUUACGGCCUGAUGGUCAAACCAAUUCAGCGCUUUCCUCAGUUCAUACUGCUACUGCAGGACAUGCUAAAAAACACCCCUGUGGGGCAUCAGGACCGGCUGCCGCUGCAGCUGGCCCUCACUGAGCUCGAGACGCUCGCCGAGAAGCUGAACGAGCAGAAACGGCUGGCCGAGCAGCUCGCUGAAAUCCAACAGCUCACUCGCAGCGUCAGUGACCGUAACCUCAGUAAGCAAUUGAACUCGGAUCAGAAGCAGUUGAUUCUGUCUGAGACACUGAUUGAGACUGUCUAUGGCGAGAAAGGUCAAGUCCUCAAGUCUAAGGAGCGCAAAGUCUUCCUCCUGAAUGACAUGCUCGUCUGCGCAAACAUCAAUGUUAAAUACGUUGAAACGGGCAUUGAUAACAUCUUUGAGGAGCCAAGGGGCCCGCCAGACAUCAGCAGCCUAGUCCCCAUUGGUCCAAAAUACGCAGUUAAAUGGAGUGCCCCCCUGCUGCAAGUGCAAGUGGUGGAGGUGGGCCAGGAGACCCCCCAGCGUAAAGACAGCAUCUACCAGCAGAGUGGAAGCAAGCGCCUGAGCUCCACCAACUCUCAAGGAAAGCUGUUUCUGGGACCACCGCGUCUAUAUCAGGAACUGCAGGAGUUACAGCAUGAUCUUUCUGUGGUGGAAGAAGUCACGUUGUUGGUCGGCACCCUGCAGGGAUCCUACCAGAAUCUCAACACUACGGUGGGGCAGGACUGGUGCAUGGCUCUUCAGAGGCUCAUCCGCAUCAAAGAGGACGAGAUCCAGUGUGCCAACAAGUGCCGUCUUCGGCUGAUGGUUCCUGGGAAGCCUGACAAGUCUGGCCGUCCAGUCAGUUUCACAGUGGUCUUCAGUACGCCCAGUCCAAUUAGCAAAAUCUCCUGGGUCAAUCGCCUGCAUCUGGCCAAAAUCGCCCUGAGAGAGGAGAACUUGCCUGGCUGGGUUUGCGUAGAGGAUGAUGAAAAGACUAAGCCUCCAUUCUGGUGCCCGUUACUGGCCUGCCGGUUGCAUGUUUUUACCCCAAAAAUGCAAGAUCUGAAGUUGCAAGCUGCCCUGUAUAACCCGGUCCACUGUUCUCUUCUUGGUUUUUCUGCUGCUAGCACAUCCUUGCCUCAGGGCUACCUCUGGGUGGCUAGUGGGGGCGAUGACUCCCAUGGGCAGGUGGAGAUUUUCUCCCUUAACAGACCCACUCCACGCUCCGUCAAGUGUUUCUCUCUAGGUUCCCCAGUGCUUUGUCUGGAGUAUAUCACAGAGCCCAGCACUGAUGAAGAACUGGAAACACAAACCUCUGAAGUUCCUUCCAAGAUCGGCAACACCAUCUGUGUAGGAUUAUUGGAUGGCAACAUCCUGGUUUAUGGAAGCGUGGACACCGCUGCUCAGUGUCUGCUUACAUUUUGUAACCCAGAGGGCUGCCCAGUUCUGUGCCUAAAACAAUCUGCUAACUUUCUCUUCGCUGGACUGAGCAAUGGAAAAGUCGCUGUUUAUAACCGAAAGAGUGGAGAGGGGUUGUGGGAUCCAGAUUCCUGCCGACAUGUGGUUAUUGGAUGCGCUCCCGUCCUCAAACUCCUACAAAUAGACGAGUGUGUGUGGGCCAGCUGUGCCAACCAGGUCUCUGUGAUUGAAGGCUCCUCUCUCAAGACUCAGAGUUUUGAAGUUCAUCCAGACCCCAUGGUUAGUGUGACCCACAUGGUGCGCGCUGGAGGAGGGGUGUGGAUGGCGUUUUCAGAGGGAUCAUCCCUACGUCUGUUUCACACAGAAACAUUGGAACACCUCCAAGAGAUCAACAUUUCAACACCCUCUGCAUAUUUGAGCCCUGGUCAAAAAACUGUGUGCGUAACCAGCCUACUUAUCUGCCAAGGACUGCUAUGGGUGGGCACAGCUCAAGGCAUUAUUGUUACCCUACCAGUGCCCAGACUGGAGGGCAUUCCCAAAAUAACAGGAAAAGGGAUGACGUCACUUAACGCUCACAGCGGCCCCGUUGAAUUCUUGGUUGCCACCUCCAGCAUUUUAUCCCAAGAUUUUCUAAAGCGGGAUUCUACCACGGAAGGUGCGGAUUCAAGUAGCGGAGCUGAAGAUAAGGAGGUGACAAAUUCCUCUCAGGAGUCCCUCCAGCAGGCGAAUGGCUCUCCUCAGGUAGAAGCCAAAGCUAAAGGUGUAGUACUGCAGUACCACCUCCGGUCUACCUCUCAGCUCCCAGGAAAACUCCUGACGGCCCGGUCUGAAGAAUCGUCCGACUACACCCAGGACUCUCUGGAGCACACCCUAGAGGACGGUUCCAUCUAUGAGCUGAGCGAUGACCCUGAGGUUUGGGUCAGAGGGCCCGGGCCGUCGUCUAAGGAAGCAGCACGUAGGGAGAAAGUGUCUUCAGCUGCCGUUAUAUCCGGUGGGAAAGGCUUCCGUCGACUCGCUAAUUCCUCCACGUCUGACUCCAGUGAGAACAUGCUCAUGGUCUGGCAGCUGCCCAUUACAGUUUGAGGCAGCAAUGAAAUCUCCUUCCUCUGGCUUUCAUCGUUUGUUUUUUUUUUUAGUUUUGUUUUUUUUGCAGUGAUGGAGGAUUGUUGGAUCAUUGAAGGACAAACAGACUGUAAGCCUGUAUGGCUUAUGAGGAUUAUUUAUUCCACUUCUCCUCCAGAAGGUUUUGAAGGAAUAUUCCAGGUUCAGAAAAAAAAUAAGCUGCAAUAGUAUUUGUAGCAUAAUGUUGAUUUGCACAAACAAAUGUCCUUCUUUAAAAAAAAAUAAAAAUCUGGGUUAAAAUGAGGCUCUUACAAUACAAACGAAAGGUGCCAGUUUGUAAACUGUUUCAAAUACUUCCAUAGCAACAGGAAGUAAAACAACGUAUCACAUGAUUUUAGUGUGGAAAACGUAAAACGAUGCAGUGACACAAAUCUUCUAACACUAAACCGAUUUCAUUUCGUAUGAUUUAAAAAAGCUUUGUAUCUCAAAUAAUACACAACAGAAUAAUUAUUGGUUAAUAAUUAAGCUUUACAAAUAAAUCCUAAAUUGGCCCCAAUCACUUCCAUUGUAAAUGCCUCAGUGUAAAACCAUUUGUGACCCUGGACCCUAAAACCACUCUUAAAGUCACACAGGCAAAAAUACAAUGUGUGCGUCAAAUGAAUCAUAGUUCUAUGCCAAAACUAAAAUGUUUUCUCAGUAUUUCUCAAUAUUUUUUUUGCACUCUCAGAUUUCAGGCAUUCCAAAUGUUUUCUUAUCCUAACAAAUAUACAUCACUGGAAAGCUUAUUUAUUCAGCUUUCAGAUGUAAAAAUUGACCCGUAUGACUGGCUAUGUGGUCCAGGCUCACAUAUUUGCUUUUUAAUAGAAACUGAGGGACAAGUUAAAAGUAUUUUCAUAUUUUGGUGGUUAUACCCAUAAUGUCACAAAUGCUUUUAAGGAAGCCGGAAUAUUAAUUUAAGUUGAUAAGCAGCCGUACCAUUUAAAUAUCCGUCUGUCAUAAUAAUAACACGUACGCCGUAUAUAAUGUACCGCAAUUUAAUAUAAAACAAAAUCUCACCUUUUAAAAAUUUCUCUAAAUGACUGAUACCACCAAAUGAAUACAUUUGAUUAUUAUCCCAUCUGCAUGCGAGGAAUCAGGGUAAGUGUUGUUGUUGUUUUUUCAGAUGAUUUUUAAUACAAACAGUAAUCCUUAGUAUGUAUCCGAGUAUUGGCUGUGACCCAGUUCUUGUUUAAAUGAUAAAAGAUAUUUUUUUUAUGCCGCAUCACCAAAGUGGUGCGCACAGAAAAGUAAGGUAGUUGAAUAUUCAGAGUCUGUCUAUUUAAAUGUGUUUUUUUAUAUGUUAUUUUAGUGUGAAAUGUGAUAAGGAGAAGCAAAGUCUUCGGUGUAGGUACUUGUGUCUGAUGGUUCUCGUUGUUCGCAGUGUCACUUUGUAAAAAAAAAAAAAAAAAAAUUAAAUCAUAUUUACAACGAU